UUCGCUCCUCGGGUGGGAGAAAUGUACAGCCAGUUCUAGCAACCAGACCAUCCAGUGCGAAACCAACUCCAACUCAAGCACCACCACCCGGUGGAAGAAGACUAUCUGGCGAGAAGGCACCGUCUCAAAAAGGUCUGUCCGGGGAGAAGGGACCGUCACGAGGAUCUGGCGAGAAGGCACCAUCUCAAGGAUCCGGCGAGUCGGCAUCAUUUCAAGGAAGACAAUCUGGCGCGGCACCACCACCCGGUGGAAGAAGACUAUCUGGCGAGAAGGCACCAUCUUCAAAAAGUCUAUCCGGCGAGUCGAGAUCGUUCCAAGGAGUGCCAUCACGUGGGACACCACCGCCAAACAGGAGAUCAUCAUCUGGUGCAACACCGCAACAGCAGCGGAGACCAUCCAGCUCGAAGCCAACACCUCCUCCAGCAAGUAGGCAGGGUGGCGCAAGACCAACUCCACAGCGACAGGGGAGAGGAUCCAGCCGAGGAAGGAACAGCCAGGUAGACAUGACUCAAUUAUACGUAGUUAAAACAUACUUCCGUGCCACGGUACUGUAUUGCAGGUCAGUCACGACUGUUCAAAAACCGUCGAGUAAGGAGGGCAUGGUCACUCCUGCCCGUUCCGCUGAGAGUAGAGGAACAAGUGCGGCACGAACCCCAACGCCAAUGCGAAAGUGCCAGUGCCCUUACCAUUGCCUCGACACAAAGAAGAAAUCUCCUUCUUUCGCUGUCGGUAUGCUCAUCCUUACUUUCUUGGUCAUAAGAUUUAUUGCUGGAAACUUGCAAUAA